GCAUAGAUUUUCACCAUCCUCCCCAAAGCUUCUCCAUCUCCCAUACCCAUCUUUCCCAUCUUUCCUUCUCCGCUCAUACCCAUUCUCCAUUGCGCCUCGCCCAUACCCCCUUUGUAGCAAUCCUCCAUCGUGAACUGUGUUAUAUUGCCGCACACAUACAUAUACACUGACAAUGGCUUCCACCACAAACGGCGACAGCAAUCCAGUUGCUCAGGAGAAGAUCAACACCAACAUCAUCACCCUCACUCGAUUCCUGACGGAAGAGCAAACAAAAGUCAAGGAAGCGACGGGAGAUUUCACACUGCUAUGCCACGCGCUCCAGUUUGCCUUCAAGAGCAUUGCUUACUACAUCCGGAGAGCGUCAUUAAUCAAUCUCACUGGUCUCCAAGGCACAUCUAACACAACUGGCGAUGACCAGAAGAAGCUUGAUGUGAUUGGCGAUGAGCUCUUCAUCAGCGCAAUGCGCUCGUCAGGUCGCGUGCGCCUCCUCAUUUCCGAAGAGCAAGAAGAAGCCAUCAUCUUUGACGAAUACCCCAAUGCGCGUUACGCCGUAGCCUGCGACCCCAUCGACGGCUCCUCCAACCUCGAUGCCGGUGUCUCCGUCGGCACCAUUUUCGCCGUGUACAAGCUCCCAGAAGGCGCAAAGGGCACAAAAGAGGAGCUCCUCCUCCCUGGCACCGAGAUGGUCGCCUCAGGCUUCACCAUGUACGGCGCCUCUGCCCAAUUGGUCAUCACCAUGAAGGGCGGCAACGUCAACGGCUUCACCCUCGACAAUGCCUUUGGCGAGUUUAUCCUCACACACCCUAACAUGAGGUGUCCCAAGACACGAUCCAUCUACUCGGUCAAUGAGGGAAACAGCAUGUACUGGGAACAGCCCGUCAAGGAGUGGUGCGAGAGCUUGAAGAACCCUCCCGAGGGCGGAAAGCCAUACAGUGCGCGUUACAUUGGUUCCAUGGUGGCAGAUGCGUACCGAACAUUGCUGUACGGAGGUAUCUUUGCUUACCCUGCUGAUAAGAAGACUCCCAAGGGCAAACUUCGUAUCCUGUACGAGUGCGCUCCCAUGGCCAUGGUUUUUGAGAAUGCUGGCGGUUUGGCAGUAAACAGCAACAUGAAGCGCAUGCUCGAGGUUGUGCCCGAGCACAUUCACGACCGAUCCGGUAUCUUCCUGGGUUCAGAGGGCGAGGUACAAAAAGUCAUUGAUGCGCACAAGAAGUAUCAGAAGUAAUGAUCCCAUGCGUGUUUCACGCGGUUGGGACGAGUGCAAAAGGAAAAAGCUCAUCGACGUGUCUUUGCAAUAUAUCCUAGGAGUAGUUUUGUAUGAAGUUGCAUAAUGACUUGAAACUGAAUGAAAUCCACCUACUUUUGAA